GCAGGCGGCGUUGCGCAUGCUCUGUCCAAGUCCAGUUCGGUUUCUGUUGCGGGAUCCGCUGUCUUCUAGCGCAACCGGAACUGUCCGACGCGGGGCCGGACUCAGCUUGGGCGACCUUGUUGUCUCUGAGCCUUCCCUUCCCUCAUUCCCUUUUCUCCCCUUCGACUCGUCUGCCCUUUUUCCUGAAAUAGCCAUCAUGAGCGGGAGGCUGUCGGCGUCGUCUCCACCUCGGUGGCCGGGGUUAUUGCUCCUAUCGCUACUCCUGCUGGGGGCAACGCCGGGCCCGCGUCUGUGCGCGGCUUUCUAUUUGCCCGGCCUGGCACCGGUCAACUUCUGCGAAGAAGAAAAAAAGAGUGACGAGUGCAAGGCUGAAAUAGAGCUGUUCGUGAACAGGCUUGACUCAGUAGAGUCAGUUCUUCCUUAUGAAUAUACAGCGUUUGACUUUUGCCAAGCAUCUAAAGGUAAACGCCCAUCUGAAAAUCUUGGUCAGGUAUUAUUUGGAGAAAGAAUUGAACCUUCACCAUAUAAGUUUACAUUUAAUAAGGAGGAGACCUGUAAACUUGUUUGUACAAAAGUAUACCAUACAGAGAAAGCUGAAGACAAACAAAAGUUAGAAUUCUUGAAAAAAAGCAUGCUGCUGAAUUAUCAACAUCACUGGAUUGUGGAUAAUAUGCCUGUAACAUGGUGUUAUGAUGUUGAAGACAGUCAGAGGUUCUGUAAUCCUGGAUUUCCUAUUGGCUGUUACAUUACAGAUAAAGGCCGAGCUAAAGAUGCUUGUGUUAUCAGUUCAGAAUUCCAUGAAAGAGAUACAUUUUACAUCUUCAACCACGUUGACAUCAAAAUAUACUACCAUGUUGUUGAAACGGGGUCCAUGGGAGCAAGAUUAGUGGCUGCUAAACUUGAACCUAAAAGUUUCAAACAUACCCAUAUAGAUAAACCAGACUGCUCUGGACCCCCCAUGGAUAUAAGUAACCAGGCUUCUGGGGAGAUUAAAAUUGCCUAUACUUAUUCUGUUAGCUUCGAGGAAGAUAAAAAGAUCAGGUGGGCAUCUAGAUGGGACUAUAUUCUGGAAUCUAUGCCUCAUACCCACAUUCAGUGGUUUAGCAUUAUGAAUUCCCUGGUCAUUGUCCUUUUCUUGUCUGGAAUGGUGGCUAUGAUUAUGCUACGGACACUGCAUAAAGAUAUUGCCAGAUAUAAUCAGAUGGAUUCUACAGAGGAUGCCCAGGAAGAAUUUGGCUGGAAACUAGUUCAUGGCGAUAUAUUCCGUCCUCCAAGAAAAGGGAUGCUGUUAUCAGUCUUUCUAGGAUCAGGAACACAGAUUUUAAUUAUGACAUUUGUGACUCUGUUUUUUGCUUGCCUGGGAUUUUUGUCACCUGCCAACAGAGGAGCACUGAUGACCUGUGCUGUGGUCCUGUGGGUGCUGUUGGGCACACCUGCAGGCUAUGUCGCUGCCAGAUUCUAUAAGUCCUUUGGAGGUGAGAAGUGGAAAACAAAUGUUUUAUUGACCUCUUUUCUUUGUCCUGGGAUUGUAUUUGCUGACUUCUUUAUAAUGAAUCUGAUUCUCUGGGGAGAAGGAUCUUCAGCAGCUAUUCCUUUUGGAACACUGGUUGCCAUAUUGGCCCUUUGGUUCUGCAUAUCUGUGCCUCUAACAUUUAUUGGUGCAUACUUUGGUUUUAAGAAGAAUGCCAUUGAACACCCAGUUCGAACCAAUCAGAUUCCACGUCAGAUUCCUGAACAGUCCUUCUACACAAAGCCAUUGCCUGGUAUUAUCAUGGGAGGAAUUUUGCCCUUUGGAUGCAUCUUUAUACAGCUUUUCUUCAUUCUGAAUAGUAUUUGGUCACACCAGAUGUAUUAUAUGUUUGGCUUCCUAUUUCUGGUGUUUAUCAUUUUGGUUAUUACAUGUUCUGAAGCAACUAUACUUCUUUGCUAUUUCCACCUAUGUGCCGAGGAUUAUCAUUGGCAAUGGCGUUCAUUCCUUACUAGUGGCUUUACUGCAGUUUAUUUCUUAAUAUAUGCAAUACACUACUUCUUUUCAAAACUGCAAAUUACAGGGACAGCAAGUACAAUUCUGUACUUUGGUUAUACCAUGAUAAUGGUUUUGAUCUUCUUUCUUUUUACAGGAACAAUUGGCUUCUUUGCAUGCUUUUGGUUUGUUACCAAAAUUUACAGUGUGGUGAAGGUUGACUGAAGAAGCCCAGUGUGUCCAGUUAAAACAGAAAUAAAUUCUUCAUCAACAAAGAUCUUUUUUUGUGAUUACCUUGAGUUUUAUCAGCAUUGGCCUAGUAAUCCUUCAGAAACAACAUAAUUCUAAAUACACCCCUUUCCAUAUACUUGUCCCCAAAAAAUAUGUUUUCAACACCAAAACAUUUGUAUUGUGAUUUAUUAAGUAUAUAUUGAGUUGUUCUCAAUGAAGAGCAAAUUUAAAUAUUAUGUGUAUUUGUAAAUACAAUAGCUAUAAAAUUUUCAAUACUUCUAAUGGCAGUAAUAGAGGAGGCCAUAUUAAACAAUAUUGAUGAAAUGCCAGACAGUUCAUUGUAAAUAGGAUUUUCUAGGCUCAGUAGGUGGGAAGAAUUAUUUUUCUUUGAAGGAAUAACUUUUUAUCAUGGUAAUUUUGAAGGAUGAUUCGUAUGAUGUGUUUAUUGGGGGGAGGCAUUUAAAAAAAUCCUGUAUUGGUUGUGAUUGUUCAUACCUUCUUUUCUGUGUUGACUUCAUUAUUCCCAUGGUAUUGGCCUUUUAAACUAUGUGCCUCUGAGUCUUUCAAUUUAUAAAUUUUGUUAUCUUAAUAAAUAUUGUAAAAACAUCUUCAUUGAAUCACUACCUGUUCUGUAUUCAAAGAGAAUCUGUAAAUAAUGGUGUUUUAAAAUGAGUUAUAUGAUUUUAUCAAAUUUUACUGAUUUUUGUUAGUGUAGCACUUUCUGAGUUUUGAUUAAAUGAAAUUCCAGUGUCGGCUUUGUGACAAAUCUAAAAUUUUCACCAUUAGAUAGUAACGGAAAUUUUAGUCAUGCAUUUCUAGCGAGAUAAAUGAAUUACGGAAGUCUAGUUGAUAUGGGCCCUACUACAUUGUCAUUAAAGAUUUUAUGUUUUUGACCUAUUUUUUCAAAAUACAGCACUUUUGUUUUAAAAAGUCAAUUUUUAUAAUCAACAAUGACAAGCAGAUCUUCCACUUUAUGAUUACAUUGUCUUAAUUUGGAUUUCACAUAAUUUUAUUUCUUAGAUUAAAUAACUUUUUUAUUUUUCACUAUUUUCCUUCACAUAUGUCUGAUUAAUUGAAAUUCAUUUAUGUGGAAUAUAGAAGUUUGGGAUUUCAGGAACAUUAGUCUGCUUAUAUCUAUGAGAAUAUUCAUUUUGUAUUUUAGGGGCUAAGUGCUUGUUGCUUAUGAAAGCAAAUCAGAUACUGUCAUUAAACUUACAACUAAAAUUACUGUUGCGCACGUGAUGUUGGUGGGUUCUUACUCAAUAAUUUUAUGUUGAUAACCUUUUUAUAAAAAGACCUGUUGGUUUUCAAGAGUGAAGGAACUCUAGUUAUUUGUAACUCUGACAUAGAAUAUUUAAAAUAGAAAAGUUUCUUUCAAAUUUAUUUUAUAUACCUCUUGCAGUAUAUUCAGUGUUUUAUAUAUCAUAUUGUUAAGGUAGUGUUGAGAAAGGCUGGUUGACUACAUAA